AUGUCUGGCGUUGCGGAAAAGGCGAGGUUCUUUCUCGAACGGUCCGUUCCCCAGCUACGAGAGUGGGAGGAAAAGGAAUUGUUUUCCAAGGAUGAAAUAAGAACAAUCGUGCAAAAGCGCAACUCCCAUGAGCACAAGGUCCUGUCCCCCGGAAACAAGCCAGCCGACUGGUCCGCAUAUGCCAAGUGGGAGAACAGCCUCGAGGCCCUUCGCACCAAGCGAUGCAAGCGCCUCAAGAUCCGGCACCUGGACAGCGGGCACGCGGGGCAGGGCCGCGUGCUGUCCAUCUAUGAGCGGUCCGUGAACCGGCACCCCAGCAGCUCAGCCCUGUGGCGCGAGUAUCUGUCGUACACAGCGAGCAUCAAGGCGUCGAAGCGUUUCCGGCGGACCAUGACGAGCGCGCUGCGCAUGAUGCCCCACGACUCUGGGCUGUGGAUUAUGGCGGGCAGGCGGGCGGCGCACAACGGCGACAUGGCAGCGGCAAGGGGCUUCUUCAUGCGUGGGUGCAGAUUCUGCACCAAGGACGGCACGCUGUGGAUCGAGUACGCCCGCUGUGAGAUGGAGUGGCUGGCCAAGGUGGACCAGAGGAAGAAGAAGGGCACUAAGGCCGUCGCCGACGACCCGCUACGUGCAGAGCGCACAAUUGAUGACGGCAAUGAGCUGCGCAUCGAGGACAGCGACGAAGACGGCGACGACGACGAAGGAGAAGGCUAUAUGCUUCCUCAACCCUCGAAGACCCAGGAGAAGGUCAUCGAUAAGCAGACCGCCAAGCAGCUCCGGAAUAAUCCGGCCAUGGACGGUGCUAUCCCCAUGGCCAUUUACGAUGUCGCGUCCAAGCAGGCCUUUUUCCGACCAGCCUCGGCCGAGCAGUUCUUUUUCGUGGUUGCCACCUUCAGCAACGUGGCCUCCCAGCCCAGGAUAUCCCAACACAUUCUCGACGCCAUGGACAGCACUUACCCCAAUGACCCGGCCACUUGCAACGUCCACGUGCGGCGGCCCAUUAUCGGUGUCGACCCCUCCUCAGCAGACUUCCCUCGUGGUCUGCGUGAGGCCCUGCCCCUACUCAAUGGUUAUCUGGAGACGACGACGGACCGCCAAGAGCUGGCUAAGAAGACGGCCGCCUGGAUUGACGAGUAUCUGGCUGUGGAGGGACUGGAUGAGGGCAUUCGCAAGGUGUUGGAGCACACGAGGGGGAAGCUUGGUUUGGAGUAG